AUGACUUGGAAUUCUAGUUGUAGUAUUGCGUCAGAUGAUGAGAAUUCAAGACAUAGUUUCUUGUCCGAUUGUGAUUCGGAAUUUGAUUUAAGACCACCACCACGAUAUCCAGCGGAAAAACGAACAUAUCCAACAUUAAAUAAACAAUCAGUUAAUCGAAUUGAACCACCAUUGACAAGAUCAAGAGCAAAAGCGAUGAAAACACCUGUAAACAUAUUAGAACCAUUACCUAAACAAAGACGUCAAUCAGGAUUACGACGUAGUUUUGAUACAUUUACAGAAAUGGCUACUACAUUAACGAAUAGUUUAAAUAAUAAUUCAAUAUUAUUUCCUAAACAAGAAUCAUCAACAUCAUCUACUGAUAGAGUAUUAAAUUCUCCAUUGGAUGGUGUUAAUAUAUUAGCUGAUCGAUUCGAAAGUUGUAGUCUAGAUGAAGGAAAAUUAAGUAAAAAUUGUCUUUGGCCAAGUCGCGAGACUAAUAGUCAUUAUACGCGUCCAAUUAAUUCGUUACCAUUGACUAAUACAUUCGGUGCUACUCCAUUUUCAACAUUAAAUAAUACUACUUUAUUUGCUCAAUCAUCAACUUCAUCUAUAUUCGGUCAUCAACAAGCUCAAUUGUGGUCUCGUUUUCGUUUUGCAGCAUCAAGUCUUCGUGAUAAUUUAUGGAGUGAACAAACAGAUUUAACUUUACAACAAGUUCCGUCAAAUAUCUUUACAUCUAAUCAACAUAAUUCAUUUCAUUUUACUGAUCAAUCAUCAAUGUUAAUACCUCCACAAACAGUACCGAUUAGAUCAACAACUUUUCCAAAUAAAACGCUAUCAUCACCAUCAUUAAUUGAACAAUCAUCCGCAUCACUUUGGCAACGUAAAGCCACAUCAACAACGGAUUCUAUACCUUGUACAAUCAUAAAAGAAGAAGUUAAUAGUCGACAAACAUCCAUAUCUAAACUUCUUUUUACAUUUACAAUAUUUAUAAUUGGACUUACACUUGGUUAUUUCUUAACAAAUACAUUACCACCUAAUCUUGUUUGGCAAAUAUGUAUGAAAUAUUUUCAUUACUUGUAUCUUUGUAUUCAAACUAUUCUAAGAUACUUUACAUUAGCUAAUUAA